UUUUAUAUCAGAAAUCUGUCUAAAAAUGUCAAUGAGACUGACAGCAAGUAUUGCAAUGGUCCUGAAUAGCUUCAAGAAUAUCAGGCUUUGUAAUCAAGGCUAUUACGUUGUAAAAAUUAAACUGUUUAUCCAAACAAAGGAAUAUAAAUUUUAUGCAAGAAUCACCAAGUCUAAGGGAUGAAGGCAGUUCUUCUCCCCUACACGCAGAAUUGGCCCAGAACUUUCUUGAGAAAGCUCUGCUGAUGACAAUAUCUAUGAAUAUACUUCUGAUAAGUUCAAGAUAUGAUACCAAGAAGAUGAAGUCCCAAUAAAUCAGAUAGUUACUUACAACAUUGACUUUGAUAUCCCAGGUAGAGAUCUAGUAGAAGAUAUAUUCGACCUAAAUGUACCGCUAAUGAUGAAAGCCACUCUUUUCGUAGAGCCAGUUCAGUUAAAUGAUAGUCUCGACAGUCUACAUCCUGAUGGGAUCCUUCAGAAAGUAUCUACCAAAAUAUUCAGAUUAGGUAACACAAUAAAUGGGAUUUUUAAGUAUUCACCAAUCCAGUUUGAAGGAAUCCAUAGUUGUCUUCUGGCAUCUUCUUUCCAUUCUGUAAUUACUAAGGCUGAAUUCUUUCCAGAUAUCUGCUAUGCUGCCAAGCUAAAUGCUCAAGAUGGGAGCGCAUGAAUAAAGGGAUCUUCCUCUGAUAAGUAUUGUGAAGAAGACCUUAUUUCUUUCUCACCAGCAGAAAUUGAAGUCGAAGAAAUCAAGAGUGAAAACCCUCAAGAGCUAGUAAGAGCUUUUCUUUUUGAUGAGCAACUAGAUUCAAGUACAUCUAUUGAGAAGGAAGAGGGUAGAAAAGCUCAUGAUUAUCUAAACAAUUUCUUUAAAUCUCACACUGAAUAUUUCAACUGUAUCCUAAAUGAUUUGUCAACGAGGGUCCUUGAAUCUCUUGAUCCAAAAGAAAUGGCAAUUGAUCUCAAAAGGAUAAGCUCUAUCAAAGAUCCAACUGUGUGAUUCUACGAAGAGCUGAGGAGCUCUUCAUCAAUAGAUAGACAUAUCUUUGAUAUAGCGGAGGAAUAUAGCUGAGACAUAGACGAUCAACUUGAGUCAGAACUUCCCUUCAAAGGGAUCAGAAAAUUCCCAAGUAUAAUUCCCUUUCACAAGAUGCAGAACAAACUAGAACCUGAGAAUCGAAGUCAAUUACAGCUAAUAGCUAGACAGCCAAGUCAGACAAUGCAUUUACUUGAUGAUUUCGAGGAAAAUCCGAACAGAAGAACUGAGGAUAAGCUUGAAAAUAAAUGAAAGACAAUGUUCCUAAAGGACGGGGCCACCAAGAACACCAAAAUAACCCUUUACUCCUACAUUUCCGCACUAUUGCAAGAUUUGUCAAAUAAUUGCAGUGAACUGGAGGGAUUAUGGAAUGAAUACUGUGCACUUCUGGAGUCCAAGCCAGAAUCUGUGAAGAAGGUUCUUCUUAAGACAUAUCUAGAGAAGCUUGAUGAACUCAAUGAGUACAAAUUCAUCCAAGCUCUUGAUAAUUCAAUCAACAAAAUUGAGGAAGAUGAUUGGUUUGCCCAGCAAUGUAUCCAAGCUGACCAAAGAAGAAAGCAGGUGGAAGAGUACAUAAAGUGUGAUAUACCCCUGGGGCUUGUCUAUCAAUCAAAUGAGUACCAAAGCUCUCACCAGCCAAUCCUAUUCGAGCAGACAUUCGAUAGGUUGACUCCCUUUCAACCUGAAGUGGAUGAUGAGGUCCCUACCCCAGGAGUCAGGGAAGAUUCUUGUACCUUUGAGAAUCUCUCUCUUCGAAGUAAUAGCAAUGAAUUUAUCAAAGAAGAAAGCAAAGGGUACGAAGAAGAGACUACAAAGGAAGCCAUACAUGAGGAUUCCCUAGACUCAAGCUAUGACUCCGAACUUGAAAACAAAGAGAAGCAUAUUAUAUUUAUGAUGCAUGGAUAUAUGAGUGAUCCAGAAGAUCUUGAUAAAAUCCUCAGUGCUAUCCGUAUUAAGUCACCCCUCACAUCUAUCCACUGUAUUGAGUCUAUCGAACAUGAGAAAAAUAAAGGAAUUCUAGAAAUGGGAGAAAUAGCAGCGCAGGAAUAGUUAAGGUUAAGCUUAGAAGAAAGGAGAACUAUAAAAUCUCAUUCCU